AUGUCAUCGAGUCGCAAGCAUCAUUUGAAGGUAAAUUGUCUCUAGUAACAUUUAAUUGUUAUCUUUGUAAUGUAACUUGAUUUUGAGCAAAAUAUAUUAUAUUAUUAUUAUGAAAGUGUCUGUGUGUUGUGAUGUGUAUUCCCCUGUUAACCGUCAUCCAGUUGUGUCAACAUUCAUGCUUCUCUCUCCUCCAGAGCUUAAUGCUCCAGAUUGCUAAGGGCUUGCUAGAGGCAGAGGCCAUAGAGGCAGUGGAAGAGAAAAAAAGGUACAUGGAUGAGAACUGCCCUGCAUUGGACCUGCCUGGGUCAUUGGCGGAACUGCAGGUACAGUAUCACCAAUAGUUGAAAUCACCAGUGUUUACCAUGGCUUCACAAAGAAGUGCUUAAAGAGACAUUCAUUACGGUCCAAUGCAGGCAUCAUUUAUGGGUAACAAUUAAGUACCUUACAGUGAUUGUUUUCAAUUACAAUGGUCAAAAUGAUACAAAAAUAGCUUCUUAGCAAAGAGCAAUUUCUCAAGCAAGAAUUUUGCUAGGACUGUCUGGGAGGGGUCUGAGUGAGGAGGGGAAAACUGAAAACUAGCUUUUAUUGGCAGAGAGGUUGUCUCCAGGCAGGCCAAAACUCCAUCCCAUCAAAACGGGAUGAAAUUUCAGGCCGUCUUUUCAAAUGGGUCUUACACUUUAAGGGAAUUAUCAUAAUUUUCACAAUUUCCCAGUAUUAUUCCAACCUCAUAGUGUGGAAAUAUACACUGAGUGUACAAAACAUUAGGAACACCUUGCUUAUAUUGAGUUGCACUCCCUUCUGCCCUCAGAACAGCCUCAAUUCGUCGGGGCAUGGACUGUGCAAGGUGUCGAAAGCACUCCACAGGGAUGCCUGCCCAUGUUGACCUCAAUGCUUCCCACAGUUGUGUCAAGUUAGCUGGAUGUCCUUUGGGUGGUGGACCAUUUUUGAUACACACGGGGAAACUGUUGAGCAUCAAAAACCCAGCAGCAUUGCAGUUCUUGACACACUCAAACCGGUGCGCCUGGCACCUACUACCAUACCCCGUUCAAGGGCACUUAAAUCUUUUGUCUUGCCCAUUCACACUCUGAAUGGCGCACAUACACAAUCCAUGUCUCAAUUGUCUCAAGGUUUAAAAGUCCUUCUUUAACCUGUCUCCUCCCCUUCAUCUACACUGAUUGAAGUGGAUUUAACAAGUGACAUCAAUAAGGUAUCAUAGCUUUCACCUGGAUUCACCUAGUCAGUCUAUGUCAUGGAAAGAGCAGGUGUUCCUAAUGUUUUGUACACUCAGUGUUUUUAAAACACAGGUUUAAAAUCAUGUGUUUGACUGCACUGUGCCUUUAAACUGGAUUUUCAAUCUACACAGUAGGAAAUUCACUGUCACACCACAGUGCAGUUGUUGAAGGUUCCUUUUGUUGAUAACCAACUGCAGGAAAUGUGCAAGACAAUCCAUCACCAGAUUGAUAAAGUGGAUGAGGAGAGAUACGACCUGGCAGGCAAAGUGGGCAAGUGUGACAAAGAGGUACAGAAACCCUAAUAUAUCCAUCAAAUGAGAUCCUGUUGUCAUCCAGUUGAGGUUGAUUACGUUUGUUGAUUUUCUCUCUUGUUUAGAUUGAUGACUUGAAGAUAAAAGUGCAUAUCUUGCGUUUUUCCUGACCUUCACUCUUUACAGAUUGAUGAUUUGAGGAUUAAAGUGGUUGAGAUCCAGGGCAUGAAGAAGCCAGCACUGAAGAAAGUGCGUAUGUCUGCUGAUGCUAUGCUCCAGGCACUGCUGGGCUCCAAGCACAAGGUGACCAUGGAUCUGAGAGCCAACCUGAAACAAGUGAAGAAGGAAGUCAAAGAGGAUGUGAGUAGCAUGGAGGCAUAGUUAUGUUUAAAAAAUAUAUAUACUAUGGAUUGAUAUCAGUGCAUAGCCACGGGAAGAUGUUUUGAGUUGAGUGGGGGCUUGGGGGGGGGGGGUGGGGGGGUGCAUCUAUCAUCUUAUUUGCGUAUAGUGGCAUAGAGUAGAGCAGAGGCGUUUCUAGGAUUUGCACACAUACGGAAAAAGGAGUCCAGGCAUUUAGUAAGGUCCAGGGAAAAUGUGACAUUUUUAAAACCCCAUUUCAUGCAAUUCUACAUAAUUUGACGUGACUAGUUUUUAAUACCACACAAAUUAUCAAAUGGACAGCAUUCUGACACUGACAAACUGAGAUAAAUCGAAACGACCUAGCCUUGAAUGCAACCAAUAGCUUAGGCCAAUGAAAAGAGUGGAGACACACAGACUGUACAAUAUGAGGAGGAAAUUAUAGUCCUCAAAAGAUUUCAAGUGGCAUUGACUCCCGAUGAUGAAGAUACUGAAUACACGCAUUACCAGCGAUGGCAGAUGCAGUCAUGCCAAUAGCCUAUCUCUCAAAGAUACUUUGUAAAACAAUGCUGUGCCCUCAAUAUUGCAAAGUUGAUAACAUAUUUGGUAGCUUAACUACAGUGGGGGAAAAAAAGUAUUUAGUCAGCCACCAAUUGUGCAAGUUCUCCCACUUAAAAAGAUGAGAGAGGCCUGUAAUUUUCAUCAUAGGUACACGUCAACUAUGACAGACAAAUUGAGGAAAAACAUUCCAGAAAAUCACAUUGUAGGAUUUUUUAUUAAUUUAUUUGCAAAUUAUGGUGGAAAAUAAGUUUUGGUCACCUACAAACAAGCAAGAUUUCUGGCUCUCACAGACCUGUAACUUCUUCUUUAAGAGGCUCCUCUGUCCUCCACUCGUUACCUGUAUUAAUGGCACCUGUUUGAACUUGUUAUCAGUAUAAAAGACACCUGUCCACAACCUCAAACAGUCACACUCCAAACUCCACUAUGGCCAAGACCAAAGAGCUGUCAAAGGACACCAGAAACAAAAUUGUAGACCUGCACCAGGCUGGGAAGACUGAAUCUGCAAUAUGUAAGCAGCUUGGUUUGAAGAAAUCAACUGUGGGAGCAAUUAUUAGGAAAUGGAAGACAUACAAGACCACUGAUAAUCUCCCUCGAUCUGGCGCUCCACGCAAAAUCUCACCCCGUGGGGUCAAAAUGAUCACCAGAACGGUGAGCAAAAAUCCCACAACCACACGGGGGGACCUAGUGAAUGACCUGCAGAGAGCUGGGACCAAAGUAACAAAGCCUACCAUCAGUAACACACUACGCCGCCAGGGACUCAAAUCCUGCAGUGCCAGACAUGUCCCCCUGCUUAAGCCAGUACAUGUCCAGGCCCGUCUGAAGUUUGCUAGAGUGCAUUUGGAUGAUCCAGAAGAGGAUUGGGAGAAUGUCAUAUGGUCAGAUGAAACCAAAAUAUAACUUUUUGGUAAAAACUCAACUCGUCGUGUUUGGAGGACAAAGAAUGCUGAGUUGCAUCCAAAGAACACCAUACCUACUGUGAAGCAUGGGGGUGGAAACCUCAUGCUUUGGGGCUGUUUUUCUGCAAAGGGACCAGGACGACUGAUCCGUGUAAAGGAAAGAAUGAAUGGGGCCAUGUAUCGUGAGAUUUUGAGUGAAAACCUCCUUCCAUCAGCAAGGGCAUUGAAGAUGAAACGUGGCUGGGUCUUUCAGCAUGACAAUGAUCCCAAACACACCGCCCGGGCAAUGAAGGAGUGGCUUCGUAAGAAGCAUUUCAAGGUCCUGGAGUGGCCUAGCCAGUCUCCAGAUCUCAACCCCAUAGAAAAUCUUUGGAGGGAGUUGAAAGUCCGUGUUGCCCAGCGACAGCCCCAAAACAUCACUGCUCUAGAGGAGAUCUGCAUGGAGGAAUGGGCCAAAAUACCAGCAACAGUGUGUGAAAACCUUGUGAAGACUUACAGAAAACGUUUGACCUGUGUCAUUGCCAACAAAGGGUAUAUAACAAAGUAUUGAGAAACUUUUGUUAUUGACCAAAUACUUAUUUUCCACCAUAAUUUGCAAAUAAAUUCAUUAAAAAUCCUACAAUGUGAUUUUCUGGAUUUUCUUUUUCUCAUUUUGUCUGUCAUAAUUGACGUGUACCUAUGAUGAAAAUUACAGGCCUCUCUCAUCUUUGUAAGUUGGAGAACUUGCACAAUUGGUGGCUGACUAAAUACUUUUUCCCCCCACUGUAUAGGUAAUACUUUGGUAGCCUAAAUUCUCUUUUCAGCAGUAGCAUUUGCUUUCCAAACAGUUUUUCCCGCGAUUGUAUUUCAAAAUAUUACGAGAGGCCAGGAUAUUUUAGCUGCUGUUCACUGAUAGCCGUAACUCUCACAAUCAGCUGUUUGGUAUUUGCAGCAUGCCCAAAUUGUGGCGGGCUUCCUGACUGUAUGCGCUUGUGUUUACACACAAUCCACAGCUAAAGAAGCUAUUGAUCCUCUCUGGCUAAAUAAUGCUCUCUGGUGUAGUAAUCUGAAUUAUUGUAUUUAUUUUCUGUACAGACAGGAGUAAUCCUAUAAUUUUGGGUGCUGCAGCACCUCCAGCACCCUUACUUCCCGAGGCUAUGUAUCAGUGCCAACAUACAUUACAUUUGUAGUCAAUCAUUCUACUCAUAUCCAAUUAUUUUGGCACUAAUAUCACUCCAUAUUGAUUAAUAACACCCUAUUUACUUAUUUUCCUUUUAUAAACCCCUUAAAGCUCAAUAUAAAUAAUUUCCUUGAUCAAAACAAAUAGCUUAGAGUCAAUCUUGACCUAAUAUUUCUACUGUAACACCCACUCUCCAUUAAAGGACAAAGAUACAGUUGGUGACUGGCGCAAGAACAUUGAUGACAAGGCCGGCAUGGACGGCAGGAAGAAGAUGUUUGAGGCCGCAUAA